UUUAUUGCAAACCCAAAUCAGAAAACACAAACGAUCAACUACUGACGCAACUCCUCUCCCAUAUCUACCGUAAUCAAACACUCCAUGGUAAAACAUCUCCUCUUGUUAACCAAUGCGCUCGUGUGCACAUAAAACCACAGCUUGCUUUCCGUUUCUCUCCAGGAAGCGCUUGCUUUUGUUCAGCAGCACUGAACUGUCUUUUCUAUGCAAAUGAGCUGUAUGAGCCCGUCGUGCCGUUGCCGACUGCUUUCCAGACCAGUGGAAAAAUGUGUGUAAUUGUAAAUGUCAUGUGUCUAUAUCUCCAGUGUAGGGCCACACUCCCUCAAAUCACUUUCAGUUGGAGAUUAGAGACUGUUCAGAAGUUAAGAGAAGCAUUUUAUUGUAUGUUGAAAUGACAGCAGGUUCAAACCCCACAGUGGUAAUCUCAAGAACAGGUACGUACUUUCUCUACUGAAAAAUACUACUAGUAAAUGAGCUUUACAAUAAACAGAGUAUUCAUACUUUUUUAUUCUUUUUCCAGGGAUUGAAAGGAACUUCUACAAACAACAGAAACCAAGGUCUGAAAAGAUCUGCCACUUUUCACAGUCAAGACUGAAGGAUCAAAAAUAUACAACAUCGCCCUACAUCAGGACCUGUUCGAAACUUUGCUUCAAGGAUCGGGUGAGGAUGGAGCAAAAGGAACCGACAGGGGAUCCUAACGUUGAAGGGAGACUCAGAGAACUGGCAUCAAAGUGGUUUAUAGACACUCAAGUGCCGCUCAUCGUCACCAAUGGCCUGUUUCCCACUUGGUUCCUGGGCUUCAUCACCAGAAAGGAUGCUGAAGAAAUACUCAGAGAAAAGGAGCUGGGCUGUUUCUUGAUCCGUCUCAGUGAUAAGGCUCUCGGAUACAUUUUGUCCUAUAAAGGCAGGGAUCGGUGUCGACACUUUGUGAUAAACCAAAGAGAAACAGGACAGUUUGUGGUCUGUGGAGACACUGAGGGACACGACACAGUGCCUGAUCUGAUAGAACACUACAAGACGAGCCCCAUUGAGCCGUUUGGAGAAUAUCUGACAUGUUCGUGUUUUGAGGCAAUGGAUGAAGAGCUGUAUGAUAUCAUCCAGUUCAGCCCCAAAGAAAAACCAGUUGUUCCGGUCAGAUCUGUGAACAAGACGCGACAUCAACAGAUUAACCCAGAGCAGCAACCUGCACCGCCACCACGGAGCAACAGGACAUCAGAGGAAGUACCGCCUUUGCCUCGGAGGAGUCGGCACCUCGAUAGCAGCAUCAAUGACCGUGAGAGGGUUUUGUACGCUCAGCUAAUGAAACAAUCACCCAGAGCCCAACACAACAGUCAGGACAGUUUACCAGGGAGAGCCGAGAGGUCAACAAACAAAGACCAGAACAUUGGAAGGUGUAGUUCCCCAUCAGGACCAGAAUCUGCUAACUCUGAGCUUGGCCUGCUGGAAUGCAAGAGCAAGUCUAUGCCUCUGUUGGACAACAUCUCUGAUGAAGAGCAGCCCUACAGGCUGAGCGUACCUCCUGAUACCCCACCAAGACUUUCCCCCAGACCAGGCAGACAAGUCACUAACUGUGUCCCUCAGUCAGAGAAGAAAGAUAAAUGCAGCAGACCAAGCAGCAACCACAGCCCGGACCACAUGAGCGACAGUGCCGUCUAUCACCUGGCCGGCAGCCCACACACUACACCCUUUGACACUAGAUUAUCAAUCCCAAAUCAGCAUAACAACUCUGUGUAUGCUGAGGUUUCCAGUGAAGAUCCAUCUGGUCACUUCCCUAAUGACAGUGCAUAUGAGUUGAUCCCAGACCACAAAGAAACAGCCAAGCCUAAACCCAACAGCAACACUUACGAGCCUCUGGAGGACAUCAGGCGCAAACAUAACUCCUGGGGCUUAAAGAAUGACAAAUGGAAAUGGCUCUUCCCUGAGGUCAAGAGGAAAUGGUGAAGAAGUUGCCUGACUAAUUACUGAAGAAAAUGUUUACUAAAUUGACACUACUGUGCUACUGGUUAAGACAGAGGCUGUGACAGCUUAAAUAUUCAUCAUCUUCUGUAUUUCUAGCUUUUUUAAUGUAUUUAUUUAUAAAUGACAAUGUUACAGUGACAUUUUUUGUUUCCACAUGUAAUUAAUUAAACUGUAUACUGAAGUUUUGUGAGGCUACAUGUCAUUAAACACGAUUUAGUAACGCAGAGUGUCUGAAAUAACUGUUUUCUAGGUGAUAAUCACAGUGGAGAAAAUGUCUCCGAUGUAAGGGCAAGUUUCAGGUGCUGCAACGAAACUGCACAACAAACAUCUGCUCGAUUUAAAGUGCGUGACUCACAGUGAAUGGCAGUUUAUGUUUUGGGAAAUGGCGUUCACCUAGUUCUCACCGGUAGAAUGAAUCCAAUAACUGGAUGUUAUUGACGACCCAUGAUUGUCAAGAUAACAUAAGGGCAUGAAUACGUUUUCUCAUGAGGAAACUGGGAGAGAAACUGUGGAGCGACAGCAGAAUUUCUGGUGCAAAUAAUUAAUAAUUCAGGAUACGGGGAAGAAUUCGCUUCAGUAGUGGCUGUCAAACCUCCUGUUGUGUCCACUCCUGUAGAACAUAAGGCCAUACAGACACAGAGAAA